GAAGGAUCUGGUGCAGCUGGAAGCGGCGCUGGACGUGUGGGAGGCGGAGGAGCAGCGAGAGCAACAGCAGGCUGAGCGCUUGUCGAAGAAGCGACAAGGCCACUUCGAAGAUGACAACUCGGUGAACCAACAGUGUGUCCUGCUGCUCAGCAACUCCUUUUCCCAGAUCAAACGAAUCAGGACCGCGCGCUGGAAGGGCCGCCGCCGCGGUGGGCGUGGGAAAAUGCUUUCCCGGAAGGGCACAACGGUGGAGGCAGAAGAUGAGGAUGAGUUGCCAGAUGCCAUCAAUGCCGCCUUUGUGUGCCGGGAGUUCGACUCCUUGCUGGCCUUCACCAAGGCAGGCCAUGUCUUCAAGUUGCAGGCUCUUGAUGUACCGCUCAUGCAGCACAAGGACGUUUCCAUGCCGAUUGAGGAGUUGGCUCCGGCUUUGCCCAAGGACGAUGGCGUGACAGCCGUCAUUGCUGUGCCUUUUGCGCUGAAGGACCUGAGCAACGAGUUUGCGAUCAUGGUGACAGCGAAGGGCUGUGCCAAACGGGUGCCCUUGUCAGGGUUUCGGACCUUGAGGUCUGGAAAGUUGUGUGUGGCAUGUCCGCUGGAUGAGGGAGACGCGCUGCGGUGGGCCCUGAGAGCACAAAGCCAGGACAUUUUGGUGAUGGUCUCCGAGACUGGAGCUUCAUUAUGCUUUCAGGCCCACCAGCUGCGUGCCUCCACGUUAAAAGCGAAAUGUGUGCCGGCGAUGAAGUUGGGAGGGGAUUCGAUGGGAGGCUGUGGGAUUUGUCGAGCUGAUGCUAGAUCCUUGGC